AUGGUGGGGAGGUGGGGCGGUGGGGCGCGGCGUGGGGAGCGCGGGCGUUGCGCGUGCGCGCUGACUCGCGAGUCGGUCGCCGCCGUCGCACGACGCCCGUGGCUCCUCGUGCCAGCGCCGCGAUGUUUCUGUUGUGACGUGCUACCAGCAUGGAGUAUCCUCAUCCGCAGCCCGUGCAGCCGCUGGGCCCGCCGCCGCCGCCGCAGCCUCUGCCCCCUCUGCCCCAACUACAGCACGCACACCUGCAGGACGACGACCGCUGGAGCCAGUACCACAUCUGGAGGCAGCACGUCUUCGUCAACGGUCAGUGGCGCGCUUGCGAUUCCUGGUUCUGAUCAGAUGUUGUGA